AUGUCAACCUUCGUCGUUCCACAAAUUCGGUCAGAUAUUCCUCGUUCCUACACCUAUCCAAACACCACAACAAAACGUCGUCGAAAAGACACAUUUGUUGAGCGAUUACUUAAGGAUCCAAUGCUCCAAACCAUGGCCGAUAUCGGCAAGCAAGAAGGAACAAUUAGUCCUUUACCCGCUCCACAACGUGCAAGAGCCAUAACCACUUCAGAUUUCCAACAUUGA